AGAGCUUAAAUAAGUUUAAUGUUAAAUUUUGAAUUGAAUAAAGAAUAAGAUCUCGUACUUUUUGAUUUUCAAACUGUAGGUCUAUUUCUACCAUUUACAAUAAAUUUUCAUGACAUUGUUUAAUUUUAAUUACAUAAUGUAAUUGAGCCUGGAGCGGUCAAUAGAAAGAAAAAAACGAGACUUGGAAGUUGGAGUGAGAUGUGAGUGAGCAAGAAAUAUGUUAUGUAUUAUUAUUUGGACGCCGUCGAAUGGGAGAAACCUGCGUGCGGGCCUCACUGGCACCGCCCUGCCCCCGCGCCGCGCCGCUCCGAUCAUAUUAUUAUGUUCGGUCGGCGGGCGAGUCUCGCACCGGCCGCUCACUGCGACUCGGGCGCUCGUCGUUGUCGCAACACUACGUGCAACACUCCGGCGCUCGCUCCCGACCGAUCAGCUGUCGAGCACUCCGCGCAGAACAAAUCAUAUCCUUCGCGACGCGUACGUGACCGUUCGGAUAAACAUGGAGCUGUUGUGCGCGGAACGCGUCAGCCCCGGCAGUGGCGAGGGCGCACCGCGGCUGCCGCAAGCUGCUGCACCCGACCCGGUGCUGCUGCGCCGCCGCGUGCUCGACAACCUGCUGCGGACCGAGGAGCGCUAUGCCGUCACCGCUAACUACUUCGGCACUGUGCAGACCGAGAUCACACCUCACAUGCGCCGUCUCGUCGCCGAGUGGAUGCUAGAGGUAUGCGAAGAUCGCGGCUGCCAAGAAGAAGUCUUUCCACUGGCGAUAUCGUUCCUGGAUCGGUUCUUGAGCAUCUGCGCGGUGGGAAAAAGUCAAGUGCAACUUUUGGGCACAGCCUGUCUACUGUUGGCUUCCAAACUCCGUGAGCCAGGAUCGUGUGCCCUCCCCGCCGACCUACUUGUCUUCUACACCGCAAACAGCAUCACCCUUACCGAUCUUUGCAGCUGGGAGUUGCUAGUGCUGUCGAAGCUGAAAUGGGAUGUAGCAGGGGUGACAGCUCACGACUUCUUGCCUCUUCUGCUAUCGCGGUUGCCAAUCCGAGGCCUUGUCAACGUGGAAAUGGUGCAAAGGCAUGCAAAGACGUUUAUUUCACUAGCGGCAAGAGAUUAUGAAUUCACGCUGUACUCUUCAAGCACUCUUGCCGCUUGCAGCAUCGCUGCUGCACUACGAGGUCUCGAACACGAUGGCUACUUAUCGAGACUCCAAGAGCUCACGCGCAUUGACUUAGAUUGCCUGCAGACCUGUCUCGAACAGAUCGAGGAUAUGGUGCAAAGUUUGAUAGUGGAGCGUGACUCGUGUCCCCCAAACGGCCAGGCGCGAGAAGCGGCGGGCUGGACGCCGCCCCCCGCCCCCCCGCACGACAAGGCGCACAGUAACGCCGCCACACCCACCGACGUCAGAGAUGUACACUUCUAAACCUGGACAGGCUCUGUGCCUCCACAAUCUAAUUAAGUAAUCACGAAGCAUCAGUACGAAAAUACUAUAAACUACAACAAACGUUGCCAGAUGCAUUCGUGACGGCGGACUGAUCGAUACAAAGACUGACAAUCGUAUGUCUCUCCUAGUUAAUGUACGUAUAUACUAAUUGUGAAUACAUAACUGUAAGCCUUACGUGCUACUUGUAAUUGCCUCUAGUCUGUACGUUCACUAAUUAUAUUAUUACUUGCAUUGAACGUGACCUUGGUAAGCCUUAAUGUACAUGCUAGUUAAUACGGCUUCAGAAAUUGCAAUCUACCUCUUAUAUAAUUAAGGACUAUCAGUUUCAUGCGGCAAAUACCCUACGCUUUACCGAUAAAUUAGCUGUUGUUCAUAUUAUGUGUGUUGAAUAUUGUUUACGCGGGACCAAAGUUAGAUACACGUUUUAAUUAUUGUAUAAUAAUAAUAAUAUGUUACUGAUUUUCUUUGGAUGGUAUCGGUUUCACUAAAUACAUUAGUAUUAUUAUAAUGUUGACUUAUCUUUUAUCAUCUUCGAAUAAAAUAUACACCCGACAUUACGACGCGCUUGUAUUUGCCACUUUGAAAUUAAAAUUGGUACACCUACACACUAUCAGAGUUUAUUUUAUAUCGGGGGAAGGCAAUAAAUUACGCUUGUUCGUUGUAAAAACUAACGUUAGUUUUCAUUAUUAUUUUUUUUGAUUAUAUUUAUCUUAGUUAUAUACAGAUUGUAUGUAUAUUAUAAUACUUUCAAACAAAUAUAUAAACCAGAUACUAUUAUAAAACUAAAACUUAUUUGUAGGACGUUGUCUGAUAGUAGACGAAGGACUGUUUAUUUUUCUAAUAUUUUGCGUAAUUAGUUAUUUAGGGAUUUUUUUUUGUUCCUUGCAACGAAAGCGUCGGCUCUUUCAGUUUGUAUGUUUAUGUGAUAGGAUCAACUUGUUGCUUUGAAUUUCGUAUUGUAGUCACUUCCAGUCAUAAUAAGUUAACGUAGAUCUAAUUUCAUUUUCUUUAUAGAUUGCUGUAUAGAAAUAUGUGAUCGUUAAGAUGUUUUUUUAGAAUAGGAUCAAUUAUUUUAACACCACCUUUAUCGUUCCUAAGCGAAAAUGCACUAAAAUAAACAAUGCAAUAGUCAUGUUCCAUUUUAUUUGUACUUAAUAGUCUACAUAGGUAGUUAGAAUGAUCGUAGAGGUGACUAUGUUAAUAAAAAAAAAUGUGAUAUACAAUGUUCUUAGUUAUAGCUAUAUUGAUUUAAGUACGGGUGGUGUAUUUCAGGCAGUAAUUAAAACGCGGUUACGAUAAAAAUAUAAAUGUGCUUUCUUUUAUUACGUUAGUAAAAUAUAUGUAAGGUUAAUUUAUCUGUAAAUUGACGUUAAUCUAACUGUGCGAUUUUUUUAUAGCUACGUAAAAACAAAAAAAAACAAAAUUAUAGCUACGUAAAAACAAAAAAACAAAAUUAUAGCUACGUAUAAACAAAAAAAAAUCACUCGAUGUCUUCCACAAAAGCGAAUCAGGUCAAACAACAGCUUAUAGACUUGAUACAUAUUUAGUGAUCUGUUAUGUGUAUAGGAUAUUAGUUGUAAAUGUAUAUAUUCGUAAAAUUUACAUUAGGGUGUGCUGUAAGCAUGUGGUGCCAUAAGUUACACUGCUAUAUUUUUAUUCUCUAAAACGGAAUACGAUUCAUUACUUACACGUACCUAACUAAACCAUCAUAAAGUAUAUUUGGACAUUUGUAAUUAUUUAUUCGGUUAUGUAAUCCAAAAUUCAAUUGCAUUUAGUGCGUUAUGCACAUUGACAUAAAGUUGCAUUCACUUUAAUGUAAGAUUAUGUAUAAUAUAGGACAAAAAUUGUGGGAAAAUAUACGCAUUACGAAGUUAGUCUUGUUUAAUGCUUAGUUUGCUUUCGGACUGGCUUAUUUUGAAGUAGUUUAUAGUUUAGUUUAUGCUUAAUGAAUUAAAAAAAAAGUAAGUGAAAAGUAUCCCUUUUCCUGUGAUUAUAAAAUGAUUAUGAAAGGAGCAACGAAGCUCAGACUUGGUGAUUGAAUGCGACGUCGCCGAGAACGUCAUAGAAAAGUUAUAUUUAUAUUAUAUAAGACAAAUUCUAAUUAUAAUUUAGUGACUUUUAAAACGAUAUGUUAAGUACAUUGAUUUCAUAUGUGAUUAUUAAAGUUUCUCUUUGGAUUAUAAGGACGACGAGCUGUCGAGAUGUAAAUAUAUUGAAUAUAAAAAGGACAAUAAAAUUUUGAAAAUUCAAAA